GAUAAGAUGAACAGAGCCGCAUCACAGAUGAAUGGAGGCGUAGGAUUGCAAUAAAUAAUAAUCGCGAAUCUGUCGGAAGUAUACUGGAUGUUGUUUUGACGAUUUGCUCAAGACAAAUUGUAGACGAGGCGCCCGUUAUUGAGGUCGGUACGAAAAUACAUGGCGGCGGCGGAGCAGACGGCAGUAGGCGGCAGGCGGCGCACGCGCCGACCGCGCGUACCACCUCCCGGAUUCGAAUGUACCGGCUCAUUUACUACACCCGCGCUAUAAUUAACCGCUGCGACCAGAUUAAUAUCUGCAUGUUCCAUCACAAAAAUAAGUGAUCCGUCUCCCUGAAGUUGUGAUGUGAGAAUUGAGCUACGACAAGUGUGUAACCUAAUGUGUGAGAUAUAAAUGUGUUGACUGGAUAAACAAAUACGCGUUGAAACUUUGUAAUUCAUUGCAGCACAGGAAGUAAAUAUAACAUUUUGCGGUGAACCUCAGACCUCCAAAAUGAAUCCGCCGUCAGCGUUACACGGCGCGAUGGGCCGGGACCGCAAGCCGUUCACCUACACCCCGGGCGGGCUGGACCUCUCGGAGAUCAAGUCCGAGCGCAUGGCCAAACGGCUAAUGAGGAAUGCUAUGAACCAAGGAGUCCCCGAAGUACCAGUGCACCCAGUGCAUGCGUCGACAAAUCAGUCGACCCCAGUCAAACUCCCAAACUUCAAUUGUUUGCCGGUCCAAGUGUUUCCAACAUUCAAUUUGCCAGCAAACCCUAAAUCCUUACUGAGAACUCGAAGCAAUCCUGAUCCAAGGGACGCUCCGAUUCAGAGAAUAGUCCCUCCUUUUGUAAAUACUACGAGAUUUGAAAACAAUGAUACGUUUCAUAAAAAUACACCUACGCAGCCGCAGGUAAACAAUAACAGACCGGUUUCUAUGUACGAGUACAGUGCUCCGCCGGCGUUGGCCAAUCCUUACAGUUUACCGAGGACGAAUUAUGGAAGUGACGGCUAUACUGCACCAGUACUACCAGAAAUUAGUUAUGAUGCCGAGUACUUCCGUGCUCCGCCGAAACUUUACAGCGAAGCCGAACAGUUGCCAAAGUUGGAAAUAAGUGAAGAAAAAGACAAAGUACAAAAAAGUGAAAGUUUAGACACAAGUAUAGACUUGACAGUUAAACCGAUUAGUCAGACAGACGAUGUGAUCGUACCGACAAUAGCUCCAACACCUAUAGAAUCAAAGCCCGUCGAAGAGAAUGGGGGCACAGAAAUCGAUCAGAGGGAAGUUAAAGUUGUAAAGAAACAAGUGAAAAAGGAAAAUAAGGUAGAGGAACAAAAUGGAAAUCAGAAUGGAGACUCAAAUAUUGAGGCCGAGAUGACAGUGAAACUGCCUACUAAAAAGUCUGCAGCCAAGACUGAAACUAAAGUUGAAGUUGUAAAGAAAAUUUUGCCUGAUGGAUCCGUAGAAGAAAUUAAGACUACCACAACAAAAACGACUGUUGAUGGUAGAACGGAAAUUAAAACUAAGACAGAAACAAGAACGAUUCCUAAAGAGGAGGAAUCAGAAGAAGAAGUUGUAGAAGAAGAGGAGGAAGAAGAAGAAGAAGUUCAUGAGCAAGAAGAACAAGAAGAGGAAGUUGUUGAAGAACCAGAAACGGUUACCGUAACAACAACAAUCGCCGCACCUAAAGAGAAUGGUCAGCAGAGUAAUAUCAUCAAAACUGAAGAGAGAUCUGAAACAACGACAACUACAAAGAAAGUUGUCGUAGUCGAAGAAUCUCCAAAAGAGGAAUCUCAAUCAGUUGUAGAAGAACAGGAGGUAGAAGAAGUCGAAGAAGAAGUAGAAGAUGCUGAACCAGUAACGGUGGUUUUAAAGAAACAGGUUCCACCAAAACCUGAACCUGAACCAGUUGAAAUUGCAGUCGUUGAAGAAGAAGAAAUAGAAGAGAAUGAAGAAAUAGAAGAAACACAAACCGAAGAAGAAAAGAAAAUAGAAAAAGUAGAAGUCGAACAAGAGGUGGAAGAGAAAGAAAAAGUAGAAGAAACCGUUGAAGAAGAAGUAGAAGUUAAAAAGGAACCAGAAACUAAGUCUUCACCUAAAGAUGAAGAGGAAGAAGAGGAAGAAUACGAAGAAGCCGAAGAAACUGAAGAAAAAGUUGAACAAGAGACUGAAGUAAAGGAAACAGUAGAAGACAAAAAAGUUGUAGAAGAGGUUGUAAAAGAAGAGUCACAAAAAGAAACAGAAGCUCCCACUGAAGCUCCUGCUGCAGCUUCUGCCGAAGAACCGAAAGAAUCUCCUAAAGAACCAGAAGAAAAAGUCAUCAAAGUUGAAGUCCAACCACCAGAAGAAUCCAAACCAGAGCCGCAACAAGAAAAAGGAGAAUCGGAAACUAAGAAGGAAUUCAACAUACCUAUUAGGGAGCCAUCUAUCCCUCUGGAGAAAGUUGAAGAUGUCGAGAUCAAACCUAUUGGUAUUUCACCAAUCAUCACCAAAACUCACACAGAGAACACUGAAAUUAUAACCAGUACAAUUAAACCGGAGGGUGGACUGAGCACCCAGACCGAGUACAACAAAAUAGAAAACAUCGUAACGGUCAACCGCACGACCAAGAUUCUUGACAACAGCUAUGAGAAUUUAACCCAACAGGGUAUCCCAACCGUCAGGACGUAUUUCCCGCCUCCUAGUUUAGAUAAGAUUUCCACUUCUCCCUUGCCUUCGAGGCCUUACCAACCUGUAUACCCACCUGAGCCGCAGCCAGAGAGACGUCACAGUCUUCUAUUAGACAGAUUAAGCACAGAACGUCAAAUGCCCUCAGAUCUUUACCAAUACAGCAACCAGUCGUAUGAACAGACUCAGUACCAAACUGAACCUCAAUCGGAAGUGCUCACCGUGAGCAAUGUUAAGCCGAGCAUGAUCACCAACCAGCAGUGGUACCAACAGACGAAACAACAACAAAACAGUAUUUACAAUAACACUAGCUCCACUCCAGCUCCUGUCGGCCAGCCGUGGGCUCAGCCGAAGUCCCAGCCGCAACCGCCGCAGCAAUACUCCCCACAACCACAAUAUCAGUCUCCGCAACCCCAACCCCAUUACCAGGCUCAGCAUCAACCUCAGCCUCAGUACCAAGCGCCUCCUACACCGCAGCCUCAGUACCAAGCUCCACCCACACCCCAACCCCAGUACCAACCAUCAUACACAGAACCUACUCAGGAAAGGGCACCGUCAAGUUACUCCACAUACACACCUACACCUGCAUGGGUGUCUAAUGUUGAUACCCCACAGAACACUCAACCCACACAAUACUCUUACUUAAACAAAGACACUACAGACAGUUACCAGAGAUCUACACAGCAAUACUCCUCAAGCUACGUCCCUCCUCCGUGGGAGCAGGACUCUAGCUACACAUCGGUAAACAACACUUCACAAACUUUCUACCAACCCGCUCCUCAGACCCCAGCCUCAGCUCCAGCAUUCAGUCCCGCUCCUGCCUCAGGCUGGAAGCCACCCGCGGCUAAAUUCUCCAAAAACGCUCCCAUCUCUUACAUCCCACCGGCACCAAACCAAUCCUUCGUAAGAUCUGCUUCUGUCUCUGAGCCACCAAGGCCGACUCCUGGACGCAAAACAUACUACAGCGAGUAUGAAAGGCGCUACAUUUCCGUCCCGGAUUCCACUUACAUCCCUAGCGAGACUAAGUUCCAGCAUCAACCUGAUCCUUCUCCUCAAUACUACUAUGACAACAACGAGCCAUCGGAGCCUGUAGAGCCUCAAUGGCGAAAGGAACUAAGAGAGUUCACCGAGAAAACAUCUCAAACUAUCACAACGGAGCAGACUAGCGUCCAGCCUCCAUGGGAAGCUGAACAAAAGUUUGCUAAGACUCCGACUGUUACCUAUACUCCGACCCCGUCCUGGAGCCAGACUUUAAGACCGCGCUCAUAUCGCGAGAGGAGUUUUGAGUCAGAAUAUGUGUCUCAGGAGUGGCCAAAGACCAAUACUCUGGGGAGAGGUAGGCCUUUGAGCACUUUAGGUAAGAGUGUCGACGCACCGAUCCCCGAGAGGACUAGGGGUGUGUCCGUGGACCGGUACAACCCGAACAACUAUCAGUCACCGGCGGAGCACCCGCCCGUGCAGUCACACACGCUGACGACGCCCGCGCCGCAUGCUGGCUACCACAACCCGAACGUGCCUGCGUACCACGCGCGUGCUUCCGCUGAACCAAGAGAGCAACCAACAGCUUACCAGCCGCGCGUGCAUCGGGAAUCCCGCGCCAGUCCUCUGCAAUCCCGAUCCUUUAAGUACCUGCAAUGGAUCACUGGCACAGACGAUUGAAACACUUAGAACUAAUUUUAAUUUUAAGCUCCUUAUAAAUAAGGUAUAAACAUCGUUUUUAAGAAAUGUUCUAUUUAUGUAAAUUGAAGAAUGUUAUGACAACUGUAGUUAGGAAACCCUUCCAGAUAAUCCUAAAAUUCUUUAGACCGAAUUCAUAGCGAUUAUUGACGAGGCGAGUUUUAUAAGUGUCGUGUAUAAAUCGAAACGAAUCGAUUGUGAGUUGUACAUUUAUGUUAGAAUCCUUUAAUCUAUCUUGUCUGUAAUUAAUUUUUCAUUUUCAAAUAAUGUAAAUACUUUUUUUGCGGGCCUUGUUAUACGUACUAAAUGCAUGUUUUAAAGUAUUAUUCUCAUAAAUCUCUCUUUUGUGAAACUUCGCGAUAUUGUGAUAAACAUAGCUGAUUUGUCUUAACCUAGUCAUCGGAGGCAAGAAUGUCGCUAGUCUUAGUUUUAUAACCUAAAACUACACCAAUGCAUUUCUGCUUCAUUUUGUACUAAUUGAGUACGUCAAAAUUAAGUUUAAUAACAUUACAAUUAGCAUUUAUUUAUAUUGUUUUGAAACAAAACCGUUACGCUUCGGAUUCGAAUUACAAUUUUGAAUUUUAUAUUUUAAACUGUAAACGGCCAGUAAUAAUUUGUACGUUGUUUAAAAACAGCUUUAAUUUUUGUAAUUUGAAUUUCGAAUCAAAUAAUAACGGUAAAUUUUUCAUAGACAAUAUUUAUAAGCGAUGUUAAUUGUAACAGUAGAGUGUACUUAUGAGGCAUUGCGUCUUUUAUUUCAAAAGAGCGUUUAUGAUCAUUAGUUUGUACACGUUUCGCUUUAUUAAUUAAUUUAUUUAGCCUUAAAAAUCUAUUUAUUUAUUUAAAUUUAUCGAAUAACCGCAUUAUAAAUGAAAGGUGUGUUUCAAAGUUCACUGUCUCUUGUAUAACUUCAUAACAGGUGCAUGGUCCUCACGUUGUAAUUUCUUGUUUCAUUUUAUAUUAUUUGUGAAAACAUUGUUGAGUUUUAUUUAAUAAAAUAUUCAAGUUAA